CCUUCUUGCGACUACCAGUACUGCAGGAGACAGGUACUGCAGAAGAAGACAACAAGCAGCAAGCAUGCAGCAAUUGUUUGCUUGCACUUUUAACAUGGAGGAUUACAUAUCUAAAAUAAAACCGUUUUCUAAACUGGACUUUCAAUCGAAGCAGGAGGUAAUAAUUAAAGGAAUAUCUCCAGAGACUUUUAAAAUUGAAGAAAGAUGAGAAAGACUGCCUUUGAUCAGAAGCAGCUGCACAUGGACCCAUCUACAAGUAAAGGUGCGGCUGGUCGAAACAGGAGAGGUGGGGAGAGGCAGAUCGCAUCCCAGGACCACAGUAUUCAGCCGAGUGGACUGAGAGGCGGAAGUUCUGGAACUGCUGGCUGAGGAUGCAAGAGACCUGUAACACAAUGUCAAGAAUAAUACGAUUUACAGCACACAAAACAUCAGAGUCGUCGACACCUUGCAGUCGCGCAAGCUUUUUAUCCAAAAAGAUCAUCUGGACGUCCUAAAAUGAAUUUUAAAAAAAGGGUUUCGACAUGCUGUUUACAACGAAAGAGCUCCUCCCUGCGGUCUCGUAGUUGGACAUCAAGUUCCUAGUGCAAAAUACAGAGUUAUCAAAGCAAAACGUUCCUUAUCAAACAUAAGGGGUGUCCAAGCCAAAUUUGCUGCCAUCUUCUGGACAAGGUAGAUGUAGAACAAGAGGACGGUCCGCUGUCCGUGAGACCAGGAGACCUGGUAUACGUGAAAGUAUUCAGGAGGAAGUGGAACAUCCCUCGGCGAGAAGGACCAUACGAGGUCGUGAGAGCUACGCCCACAGCAGUACAGGUAAAAGGCUCUCCCACGUGGUAUCAUUUAAACCACUGCGUAAAAGCUCCAGAGGGCAUCCUUGCAGAGGAAAAGAGGGAAAGUGAUGACAUCCAGGGACAAGAUGCCCUGGAAGGGGGGGAUGAUCCUCUUUUGCCUCCUAGUUCUGGACAUGGUGGUCACGACACCGAUACAGCAGAGUUCCCAGUUAUUCAUUUCCCCUGAGGAUGCAAGCAGCAAGGCCAGAGAGAAGAUAGGGAUAGCGACUAGACCAGGGGAAAAUGGUUGGUAUAAGUGGGUACAAUAUGCUGGUCAGGUUAAUGGUAAAACGGACUGCUACAUAUGUACCAAGGCCAAAGUUGAACGUUUGUUUGUGACAAACACGAUUUAUAGCUGGAAGAGGUGUGCUGAAGAGGCUGCCAGACAGAGAGGGAGGGUCCGACCAUUGUGCAACGCAGAGUGUUUACUGUUAAUAGGGACGCCCAGAUAUAGGUAUUAUGGAAGACACAAAGGAAACGGUACAUCAAAAACAAACCAGUGUAAGGAGACAGAUGAAAGAAUAAGCAUGACUAGCGCUGAAAUGGGUAUGCCAAGGGGGAUGCCUCUGAUAGCUGUAGGGGUGUUUGAAUGUUUUGAAAAAACUGGAAAUGUGCAUGUGGGAAGAGUGGAAGAUGCGAGAUGCAACUUUUUGUGGAGAGUAGAUGGAAAUUGUACUAAGCCAAUCUUCAGAGGGGCUACUCAAGUCAAGGGGGCCUCAAUAGAACCAGUCUUUGUGCCUUUUUGUCUUUAUCAUGAGCAGACGUUGGCUCUGGCUGAUCAUUAUUGGUGGUGUGGGGCGCAACAACUGUUUCCUGUUCUUCCUGUAGGUUGGGCAGGGAGAUGUGCCAGGGUGCAGAUAGUGCAGGAAGUAGUGAUACUGCCUGCAGAUAGUGGUAACAGCAGCACUGGAAACAGGGUGAAGAGACAAUAUGCUCCAGAUGAUAGGGUGUAUUUAGAUGCCAUAGGUCAGCCUAGAGGUAUUCCAGAUAAGUACAAGGCCAGACAUGAGAUUAGAUCAGGAUUUGAGUCUAUUUUGCCAUGGAUAACUGCAAAUAAAAACACGGAAUGGAUCAAUUACAUUUAUUAUAAUCAGCAGCGUUUCAUUAAUUACACUGAGGAUGCAUUAAGUUCCCUAGGUGAGCAAGUGAGUGCAAACAGUGCGGUGGCGUGGCAGAACAGACAAGCGCUGGACUGGUUGUUGGCUGAGAAAGGUGGAGUUUGUGCACUCAUUGGUGAGUAUUGCUGCACAUAUAUUCCAGGGCACACAGCUCCAGAGGGGGCAUUUACCAACGCUUUGAGGAAGCUCAGGACUCUCAGGUCAGAGGUGAAGGAAAAUGCAGGAAAAGAUAUUGCUCCAAGUUGGUCGAGUUGGUUUGAGAAUUUAAUGGGAGGAUGGAGAAAGGGUGUAGUAAGGCUAGGAGUGGCAGCCCUUGGUUGUAUUAUGAUGAUGGGAUUUCUACUCUGUUGUUGUGGUCCAGUUUUGAAGUCAUUGUUAGUCAGGAGAGUAGAGAGGCAGAUGGUUGUUUUUACUAAUGAACCACGCAGGAUCCCAGACAUGUACCCGAUGCCGGACGGGGAGGAUUCUGAAGAGGAGAGAGACCACCUGUCCAGUGAUGACGAGAACGACUAAGGUUUUUUCCAGAAAGAAAAGUGCUAAAAAUAAUAAUACCUUUGAUUAAUUAAACAAUUUGGGUCUAAUGUAAAUUAUAAAGGUUGGCUGUUAAAAUCAUGGUCUGUCGUUGAAUUAAAUGGUUCUGUGCAUUGCCCUAUUUUUUAAAGUCUAAAUUAAAUAAUUCACUAGGUGAUGUAAAAAUAUCAAAUUACUAUUGAAAAAAGCAAACAUUGACCUCAAACAUGACCUGUCCUCCGGCCUCUGUUCUUGCUGCACUUGACUAUCAGCUGCCUUUUCUUUUUCUUGGAUGUUUCUGAAACUACUACUACUACCACUACUACUACUAUUACUAUACCACAACUAACACUGUCCCUGUUUUGGGGACAGAGGGGGGAGGUGAGUUUGGAUUGUGUCAAGGUUGAGCCUAACCUCAAAGGAGGAUGCAAAUUCAGUAAUUAAAUGAUUUGUGAAUGAUUUAAUAUCCCGACAUGGUUACCCCAAAAAGAUUAGGUCAAACAACGGCACCCAUUUUUAAGAAAAUAGGUUAUCAACCUCAGUCACAAGGUAAGGUUGAAAGGAGAAACCAGAGAAUCAAAACAAAUUGGCUAAAAUCCAUGCACAGACCAAAUUGAACUUGACUGACAUGUUGCCUUUAACGCUAAGGAUCAUUUGAAUGUCCCUGAACAAAACUGUGUUUACGCUUUUGAAUUUGUCACCAAAUGAACUGUAUACAGACUAGCCCUUCCCAGGACCAGCACCUUCCUUGGAAGGCGGAAAGACCAUGAGACCAAAAUGGUAAGUUUGCAAAAUGUAGAAUUUGUGUGCCAGUUCCUCUGUGCAGAUUUGAGGAUGAAAGCAGCCACCCCAGAUUCCCUUGCACUCGCUAAGAGGGGCACGGUCAAAGCCAAUCCAAGACCAUCACCCGAUACCGGACUGGGAGGACCCCAAGGAGAGAAAACACCUAGUCAGCAACGAUGCGUCCAUCGGGACUCCAGCAGCCCUGGAAGGAGGUGUCGGGAGUGCCGAAGCGGCGAGGAGGCGUUGAAGCAAGCCGAGGGCCUGGACCAAAGCCCCAACGCCCCAUACUCUGCCCCCGCCUUCCCCAAAGCCCCAUACUUUUUCUCAGCUUUUCCCCAAUUUCGGCCAGCACGGACAUGCCAUUAAACAGUCUGCCCAAUGGACUGAACCACACCCCAAGAAGAGACAGAGACAGACUGUUUGAGUGGAUCUCUUUCUUCACCAAGGCAGCCAAAAGCCCAACGAGGUGUCGGCAGGCCACCAGCCUGAGGCACCACCGAGCCAUCUAUACGAGCACUAAUCGAACAUGGACUCAUACGAAAUUCAGUUGUGUGUACAAAAUCAAUAGGUAACUACAUUCAUUGCAAAUGCCGGGAAAAAUAAUAAUGCAACAGCUUACAGUCAUAAGUCUAUAUUCAUUCUAAACCAGAUCUUGUUUGAUUCAUUAUAAAUGUGAAAAUACAUCUUGAAUACGCAUAUAUAUAUUCAUCUAAUUAUGUUCAUGAUCAAAGUAUUUUGGUAUUACGUUACUAAAUCAAAGGGUAGGCCACUAAUUGUGUUCUGUGAGAUGGUUUUACUGCAGGCUGGUAACAGCGAUCGCUCUGAAGGAGGGUCAUAGACGGAAUUUUUGCCUCAUAUAAAAACAUUGAGGUUUUUGCCUCUAUCUGCGGUAGAGAUUUAAUUUAGUGGUCUAUAUCAGAAAUUGUUUUGGUCCAGGGUCUUAAGACCCUGGAAGGCGGGUAUGUAGUAGAAUUUCUGACCUUUGACCUGUAGUUCAUGUCUGUCAAAAAUGUAUGCUCAGUUUGAUUUCUCUUCCUCUUCUGUGGGACAAAAGUGAAUUGUAAGUCAUGCCAACCUGUCUACAGAAUGUGUUGACUGUCUAAAGCAGGGGUGUCAAACGUACGGCCCGAGGGCCGGAUCAGGCCCGCGGACAAUUUUACCCGGCCCGCGGGAUGAGUUUGCCAAGUAUGAAAAUGUACCUGAAAUUUUUGAAUGAAAGAAACUGCUGUUCUAAAUGUGUCCACUGGAUGUCACAAUAGCAAUUCUUUGUAUUAAAGUUAAAGUACCAAUGAUUGUCACACACACACUAGGUGUGGUGAAAUUCGUCCUCUGCUUUUGACCCAUCCCCUUGUUCACUUCCUGGGAGGUGAGGGGAGCAGUGAGCAGCAGCGGUGGCCACGCUCAGGAAUCAUUUUUGGUGAUUCAACCCCCAAUUCCAACCUUUGAUGCUGAGUGCCAAGCAGGGGGAGGUAAUGGGUCCCAUUUUUAUAGUCUUUGGUACGACUCGGCCUGGGUUUGAACUCACGACCUACCGAUCUCAGGGCGGACACU